AUGCCAGUGAUUCUUAAACCAUUCAUCAACUACUUCUUAGAUGCAAGUGAUUGCCACAGAUGUCCAGAAGAUCAGCAUCCAAACAAAGGUCGAUAUCAAUGUAUCCCUAAGAUUAUAACGUUCCUGUCUUAUGAAGAAUAUUUGGGCAUCAUCCUGGCUUCCUUGGCUUUAUUCUUAUCAUUAAUCACCGGUUUUGUGUUAGGAAUCUUCAUUAAAUUUCUACAAACUCCAAUCGUUAAGGCGAAUAACCGGGAUCUCUCCUACAUCCUCCUCAUCUCCCUCCUGUUUUCCUUCUUGACUUCCUUCCUGUUCAUUGGCCAACCAAAGAAAGUUACCUGCCUUCUCCAACAAACCAUGUUUAGCAUUAUUUUCACAGUUGCUGUUUCUUCAGUUUUGGCCAAAACAUUAAUGGUGGUACUGGCCUUCCUGGCCACAAAACCGGGAAACAAAAUCAAGAGAUGGUUGGGAAAGAGUUUGGCCAACUCUAUUGUUUUUUCUUGCUCUGGUCUCCAAGCUCUCAUCUGUAUCAUCUGGUUGGCGGUUUCUCCUCCAUUUCCUGAUUCUGACAUGCACUCCCAGCCUGAACAGAUUGUCCUGAAGUGCAAUGAAGGCUCUGUCAUCAUGUUUUACAGCGCCCUUGCUUACAUGGGCUUUCUGGCUGCCGUCUGUUUCACGGUGGCUUUUCUGGCCAGGAAGCUGCCUGGGGCCUUCAACGAAGCCAAGCUGAUCACCUUCAGCAUGCUGGUCUUCUGCAGUGUCUGGAUCUCCUUCUUGCCCACCUACCUGAGCACUAAGGGGAAGUACAUGGUGGCUGUUCAGGUCUUCUCCAUCUUGUCCUCCAGUGCUGGCCUUUUGGGCUGCAUCUUCAUGCCCAAGUGCUACAUUAUUAUCUUGAGGCCUGAUCUGAAUACAAAAGAACAAAUAACAGGAAAAAAGUAAGCAUGUCAAUCAUUAAAAAAAACACACCUCCUUAAUGUUUUAUUAUCUGAUUUGUUCCCUUGCUCUAAACUAUACCUCCAGUUUGGCUCGCGCUUAAAACUACAGCCAUACUAAGAGUCCAAUGCUGUUUGUAGGAAACAGUUCUCCUUGUCAAUCAAUCUGAUAGCUGUAUACAUUAGUAAGAGUCUGGAAGGCAUAUCCUGUUGGAGAAAGGACCCCAGAUUGAAGA